AGAGCAAAACAAAACAAAACCAAACCCAGCGGAUUUUGAACUAAGCAGCCCUCUUUUCUUCUAUCUGCUUUUUACAUCUUCUUUGACUGCCAUGGAUCGAGGUUCAGGAAAAGGUGCCACUGGCAAAAAUCCUAGACCUCCAAAGGUCAAGAAUAAGGCUCCCGCGGAAAUCCAAAUCACAGCCGAACAGAUCUUACGAGAAGCCCAUGAUCGCCGUUUGGAACCAACACAUCAGAUUCCUCGACAAAAGAUCAGCGAUUUGGAGGAGCUGUCCGAGUUUCGACAACGCAAACGAAAAGAGUUUGAAGACAAUAUCCGUAAAAACCGCCUGAAUGUCAGCAACUGGCUUAAAUAUGCGUCGUGGGAAGAAUCACAGAUGGAAUUGCAGAGGGCGCGAUCAGUCUAUGAACGUGCACUCGAUGUUGAAUCGCGCAACCCGGCAAUCUGGUUACGAUGCGUGGAAAUGGAAAUGAAGAACCGUAAUGUAAAUCACGCGCGUAAUUUACUUGAUCGUGCCACGACACUAUUACCGCGCAUGGAUCAGUUUUGGUACAAGUAUACGUAUAUGGAGGAGACUCUCGGCGAUGUACCAAAAGCGCGCAAUGUGUUUGAACGCUGGAUGAAGUGGGAGCCUGAUGAGGGCGCCUGGCAGGCAUAUAUCAAGAUGGAGCUGAGAUAUCAUGAAGAGGAGCGGGCGCAUGCUUUGUACGAACGUUUUGUCAGUAUCCAUCCCGAUUCAAAGAACUGGGUCAAGUGGGCUAAAUUUGAAGAGGAACACAACAAUAUGGAUAAAUGCCGUGAAAUAUAUGCUGAGGCGCUCGAGUUUUUGGGUGAAGAAAAACUUGACCAAAAGAUUUUGGUGGCGUUUGCAAAGUUUGAAAUUAAGAUGAAAGAGUUUGAACGUGCUCGUGUUAUUUUCAAAUACGGCUUAGAGCGUCUGCCAAAAUCUCAAUCGCAAUCUCUGUACAACCAAUACACAAACUUUGAAAAGCAAUAUGGCGACAGGGACGGUAUUGAAGACGUGGUUCUGGGCAAGCGUCGAGUCCAGUAUGAAAACGAUAUUGAAGCCAAUCCAAAGAACUACGAUGUAUGGUUCGAUUAUGCAAGAUUGGAAGAAUCUGCUGGUGAUCCUUCAAGGACUCGUGAAGUAUAUGAGCGUGCCAUUGGCCAGGCGCCACCAGCAAACGAAAAGCGCUAUUGGAGACGCUAUAUUUACUUGUGGAUCAAUUAUGCGCUAUACGAAGAGCUGGAAGCCGAGGAUAUGGAUCGUGCAAGAGAAGUUUACACUCAAUGUUUGAACCUUAUUCCACACAAAAACUUUACAUUUGCAAAAAUAUGGCUUUUGGCUGCACAAUUUGAGAUUCGCCAACGAAAUGUACAAGGUGCUAGAAAAUUAUUGGGUCGGUCCAUUGGCAUGUGUCCAAAGAACAAGUUGUUCAAGGGCUAUAUUGACCUCGAGAUGCAGCUACGAGAUUUUGACCGCUGCCGAAUUUUAUACUCAAAAUAUCUGGAAUAUGAUCCCACGAGCUGCUCGGCAUGGAUCAAGUUCGCAGAACUUGAAAAACUUCUUGGUGAAGUUGACCGUUGUCGCUCCAUUUUCGAACUCGGAAUUGGUCAACCUGUGCUUGAUAUGCCCGAACUCUUAUGGAAAGCAUAUAUUGACUUUGAAAUUAGCGAAGAAGAAUAUGAAAAGACUCGCGAUUUAUAUCUACGCCUUCUGGAACGAACCGAGCAUGUCAAAGUCUUUAUCAGCUUUGCGCAGUUCGAACUCUCUAUACCUUAUGAAGAGGGCAGCAACGAAGGUGUGGAGCGUGCGCGCAAGAUUUUCAUGGAUGCCUAUGAUGGCUUAAAGAAGAAGGAACUUAAAGACGAGCGGGUGUUAUUACUUGAAGCAUGGAAAGACUUUGAAGAGAACAACGGAACAGAAGAGACACAAAAGGUCGUACAGGACAAGAUGCCCAAGGUUGUUCGUAAGAGAAGAAAGGCGGCUGACUCUACGGAUGACAAUAUCAUUUGGGAAGAAUACUUUGACUACAUUUUCCCCGAUGACCAAGAGCAAAGUCGCGUUAACAAACUGCUUGAGUUGGCACGUGCAUGGAAGAAACAAGAAGACCAGUAAAUUAAUUCCCUCAUCCGAUCUAGUUAGAGUGAGCAAGCUAUAUUAUCCAUUCUAACUUUUGCAAUUAUGAAGAUUAAAAUAAAAAAAAAUGCACUACUUCGUUUGUUGUAAAUAUCUACCUCAAAGAAAAGCAUAUUUGCCUCAUUUUGAUUGCAAUUUGAAAA